GGUGGAGACAGAGAGGGCUGCUCUUCAGUGCAGCCUGCCAGACUGCUUCUGGAAGAGUCCUGGAGAAAAGGGCACACGUUCCUUCAGCGCAGUUGAGCCUCUACCUGCCUGGCAUUGGUCUCAGCUCAGCAUCUUCACUAUGGUGGAUCCCAGUGGCAACGAAUCCAGUGCCACAUAUUUCAUUCUAAUAGGCCUGCCAGGAUUGGAAGAAGCUCAGUUCUGGUUGGCCUUCCCAUUGUGCUCCCUCUACAUUAUCGCUGUGCUAGGUAACUUGACAAUCAUCUACAUUGUGUGGACGGAGCAUAGCCUACACGAACCCAUGUAUAUCUUUCUUUGCAUGCUUUCUGGCCUUGAUGUCCUCAUCUCCACCUCAUCCAUGCCCAAAAUGAUGGCCAUCUUCUGGUUCAAUUCCACUACCAUACAGUUUGAUGCUUGUCUGCUACAGAUGUUUGCCAUCCACUCGUUAUCUGGCAUGGAGUCCACGGUGCUGCUGGCCAUGGCCUUUGACCGCUAUGUGGCAAUCUGCCACCCACUACGCCAUGCCACUGUGCUAACAUUGCCUCGUGUUACCAAGAUCGGCAUGGCUGCUGUGGUACGGGGUAUUGCACUUAUGGCACCCCUGCCUUUCUUCAUCAAACAUCUGCCCUUCUGCCGCUCCAAUAUCCUUUCCCAUUCCUACUGCCUACACCAAGAUGUCAUGAAGCUGGCCUGUGCUGACAUCCGCGUCAAUAUCAUCUAUGGCCUCAUUGUCAUCAUCUCUGCCAUUGGCCUGGACUCACUUCUCAUCUCCUUGUCGUAUCUGCUUAUCCUCAAGACUGUGUUGGGCUUGACACAUGAAGCCCAGGCAAAGGCAUUUGGUACUUGUGUCUCUCAUGUGUGUGCUGUUUUCAUAUUCUAUGUACCUUUCAUUGGGUUGUCUAUGGUGCACCGGUUUGACAAGCGGCAUGACUCCCUCCUGCCUGUCAUCAUGGCCAACACCUAUCUGCUUGCUCCUCCCGUGCUCAACCCUAUUGUCUAUGGAGUGAAGACAAAGGAGAUCCGGCAGCGUAUCCUUCGUCUUUUCCAUGUGACCACCCACACUUCGAAUCCCUAGGUGUCAGGAAUCAAACUUCCUUUUCACGGGAAGUCCUUCAAUUCAGAUUUUAAUUUCAACAUUUUGGAAGACAGUAUUAGGAAAAGAAUU